AUGGCGGCGAAUAACAAAGUGAAGAACGAUGAUCCUGCAGUAGAGUCACCUACUUCGGUCCUAGAGGAAGAGGAAAUGGAGAUGAAGUUGGAGGAAGAGGUGGUUGCUGAUGAUGGAUCUUCUCUUGUACCGAAAUCGAUGGCGGAGGAAGAAGAGAACUUGCUUAAAGCUCGUGCUAAGGAAGAGGAGGAACAGUUACAAGAGGCGCAGGCUCUUAAUGACUCGCAGUUUGACAAGUUGGAUGAGCUUUUGACACAAACGAAACUCUACUCGGAGUUUCUUUUGGAGAAAAUGGAUGACAUCACACUGACUGCGGGUGAAGAAGUGAUUAAGGAAGAGGAAGAGAGUCAAAUGGAUACUAAACCUAAGGGCCGUGGAAGAAAGAGAAAGGCGCCUAAACAAUGCAAUACUGGGAAAGCCAAAAAGGCAGUUGAAGCCAUGAUAUCAAGAUCUAAAGAAACUGUGAAGACUGAAGAUGUGGAUUUGACUGAGGAAGAGAGAACUGAGAAAGAGCAAAGGGAGCUGGUGCCUUUACUAACGGGUGGGAAAUUGAAGUCUUAUCAACUGAAGGGUGUGAAGUGGUUAAUCUCCUUGUGGCAAAAUGGACUGAAUGGGAUUCUUGCUGAUCAAAUGGGUCUUGGGAAGACAAUCCAAACUAUUGGGCUUAUUUCUCAUCUUAAAUCAAAAGGGUUGGAUGGACCAUAUAUGAUUAUUGCUCCUCUAUCAACCCUCUCCAAUUGGAUGAAUGAGAUUUCUAGGUUUACACCAUCACUCCCUGCUGUUAUCUACCAUGGGGACAGAAAUCAGAGAGAUGAAAUCAGAAGGAAACAUAUGCCUAGAACAAUUGGUCCAAAAUUUCCCAUAGUAAUAACUUCUUAUGAGAUUGCAAUGAAUGAUGCUAAGAAAAUUUUCCGGGCAUACACAUGGAAAUAUCUUGUUGUUGAUGAGGGGCACAGGCUCAAAAACUCACAAUGCAAAUUAGUGAGGAUGUUGAAAUACAUCAGUGUUGAAAAUAAGCUUCUAUUGACUGGGACACCGCUCCAGAAUAAUUUGGCAGAGCUGUGGUCAUUGCUGAACUUCAUCUUACCUGAUAUAUUCUCGUCUCUUGAAGAAUUUGAGUCAUGGUUUAAUCUGUCAGGAAAGUGUGCUACUGGAGCUACAAUGGAAGAAUUGGAAGAGAAAAGAAGAAACCAGGUAGUGGCCAAGCUUCAUGCAAUUCUCAGGCCAUUUCUUUUGCGUAGAAUGAAGUCUGAUGUUGAGCUAUCGUUGCCACGGAAAAAAGAAAUAAUCAUUUAUGCUAACAUGACUGAGCAUCAGAAGAGCUUGCAGGAUCAUCUAAUUAACGAGACAUUCGAGAAACAUUUAAACAGGAAACUAUCAAUUGGGCGUGCUGCGGCGAGUCUUAAUAACUUGAUGAUUCAACUUAGGAAAGUCUGCAACCAUCCUGACAUCUUAGAGUCACCCUAUGAUGGUUCAUAUUUUUAUCCUCCUCUGAAUGAGAUAAUCGAGCAAUGCGGAAAAUUCCAAUUACUCAACCGGUUGUUGGAGCGGCUAUUUGCACGGAAUCACAAAGUUCUGAUCUUCAGUCAAUGGACUAAAGUGCUAGAUAUAAUGGAUUAUUAUUUUAGUGAGAAGGGUUUUGAAGUUUGCAGGAUUGAUGGUUCAGUGAAACUGGAUGAAAGGAAACGUCAGAUCCAGGAAUUCAACGAUAUUAACAGCAAUUUCAGAAUCUUUCUUCUUUCUACUAGGGCUGGUGGAUUGGGAAUAAACCUUACCGCGGCUGACACUUGCAUUCUUUAUGACAGUGACUGGAAUCCUCAAAUGGAUUUGCAGGCCAUGGAUCGAUGUCAUAGAAUUGGUCAAUCAAAGCCUGUUCACGUUUACAGGCUUGCAACUGCACAGUCCGUUGAGGGUCGAAUGUUGAAAAGAGCUUUCAGCAAGUUGAAGCUUGAGCACGUGGUGAUAGAGAAAGGACAGUUUCAUCAAGAACGCACAACACCUUCCAUUAUGGAUGAAAUGGAGGAAGAGGAUAUUUUGGCAUUGCUUCGAGAUGAUGAAACAGUUGAGGACAAAAUGAUACAGACAGAUAUUAGUGAUGAAGACCUGGAGAAUCUGUUGGAUCGCAGUGACCUUGUUGUCAAUAGCUCAGCUGAUGUUAAACCUCCAGUUAGUACCUUUCCCCUCAAAGGGCCUGGGUGGGAGGUGGUGAUUCCAACUGCAUCUGGCGGCAUGCUUUCCACUCUCAACAGCUAA